AAAACGACUCCACCAUCUGUCGAGCGCUUGGGUGGCGGAGGCAGCAGUUGCUCGACAGCGAAAAGAAGCACUUUUUCUUCUGCAGCCUCUCAGGGAGAAAGGAGGGUUGUUUUUCUCUUGGGAUAGAAAGGCUGGUUGCGAAGCGUUCUUUCCCCAUCUUCCAGGUUUCGGGUGUAUGUACACCGCAGAAUCUGGCUGUUGACCAGAGGUGUAUGUACACCGCAACAGAACUGGACACAUGCGUCGUCAGCGCGUGGUCACCUCACUGGUGUUCGAGCAGUUUUUCGCUCUUUUCUCGUCGUUUCUUCCCCGUCUUUCUCUCUUGUCUUCUUUCGUCCCCCAAUUUUCCAUCUCAACACAUGGUUUGAGACACUCUUCAUCCCCAAAGUGAUCCUCUCGUAUCUUCCUCUCCUCCGUUUCGAGCUGGUCCCUCUUGCAUCUUGUGCCUGUCUGCCGCCUCUCUCUCACCUCAGCUCGAACGAAGGCGCCGCUCUGUUUCCUUCGUCCUCUUCGCUCUCCUUUCGUCCUCGUUCGUUGAUCACAGACGCAAGAAGUGUCUUUCAAUUUUAACUGGAUAAAGUCUUCUUGCAAGCGGCGUGGAGUUCCUCCUCACCCGUCGACAGGCUCAAGCGAGGAGAACAGCUGCACCUCCCUGAAAAGCAUGGCUUCCGUCGCGUCUCCUGUGAGCGCCCCCGUCGUCUCCUCUCUUGCCUCUCCCUCAACUUCCUGCCGCACACAGCCACAGCGCGCCCCCUUCCUGUCCUAGAGGCAUCCCGUUCGUCCUCUUCAAACUUUCUCCACUGUCUUCAAGUCUGUCUCUCAGUCUUUCUUCUCUUCUCCCCCUCUUCACAGCGUGUGCCUGCAGGGCGUUCUCUGGCGCCUUCGAGGCGGUGCUCACCAUUUCUUCCAAAAGGUCACAGACAUGCAUCUUUCUUCUCCCCCUCGUCCAGCCGCCCUCGCCUCCGCGGUCACGCCGGGAGACCAGCGACGCGAUUCCGCCUCAGACGGCGUCUCUUCUUCUGAGAAGGAAGCUGAGCGACGCGAAGGCAAACAGGCAACGUACAGCAACGAGAGAAGCGCUGACCGGAUGCUCGAGCGCUUUUCUGAGCUCUGGGGGGAUUCUGGGGGGCUGCAGGGCUACUUGCCGUCCGACUGCGGCGCCGAAGAGAGACAGCAUGGAGAGGCAGAUCCCGAGGAAGACGAGGAAGGCGAUUUCUCUCGCUACUGUCGGGCAUUCUACCGCGAGCAAGAGAGACAACAACAACGUUUGCUCCAAGGACCGGUCGACGAACUGGAGCGGCUUCGGCGCCCUCUGGAGGAGGUCCUGGAAGGCGUCUCGCAGAUGGAGCGCGACGGAGCGAGGCUGCAGACGUCCAAGGAAGAAGUUCGUCGCUGCACUGCCGGAGUGCACCGCGCAUGUCGCCAUCUUCUCCAGGAACAAUCGCAGCUGCAGCAUGUCAUCGAAAUGAUUCAGAACCGCCUCGCCUACUACACUCGAUACGAAGGCCUCAGACAGCUUCUCGAGAGCCCUCGUCUCCUCCUCACUCCUGCCUCUUCUUCUUCUUCUUCAAGUGCUUCGUCGAAUUCUUCCAGCGGUUCUUCGAGUUCUUCAACUUCUCCAAAUUCUUUAGCUCCUUCCACUUCUGUUGUUUCUUCUCCCGUCUCGACUUUCUCUGGAAGCGGAGGCACUCUGGACGUUCCUGGUUUAUCGAGAGCUCUUGCGUUCAUUGACGAGGCGGAGCAGUUCUUCUCGGUGCACCCGGAGUACGCCGAGGCCUCCUCCUACUUGUGGAAGUACGAGCUUCUGGGGACUCGCGCCCGCGCCGUUGUGCGGUCGGCGGUCGUGCAGACUUUGGAGGCUUGUCAAGCGAAUGUGGAGAAGCGCCUCCGCGAGCGGCGAGAAGCUGCUGUCGCUCGACGCUCUUCUUCCUUCGCUGCAGACGCGCAGAGAGACUCCAGCAGCGAGAAAGAAGCGAGAGAGAGAGAGCCAGAACCGGCCUUCGACCCAGCUCUCUUCCACGUCUCCUUCCGAGUCGCCGGUGCACCACUCAAACCUCUCACCACGCUGCUGGUCGAGCGACAGAGACAAGGCAAUCCGGAGGCCUACGCGAGCGCCAUCGAUCAACUGGAGGCAAUGUUUGUCGGUACGCGGCUUCGUCUGAUGCUUCCACCGCUGAAGGAGGAGCUUCAUCGCGUUCUGCUGGCGCAUGCAACGCUCGCAGAUGCCACACGCCAUAUCGCGAGAUACGGCGUCUCUAUUUGUGAGAUGGAGCUUCGAACGUUUUACGUUUUCUUUCCUAGGAGGCGACAGAAGGAGGCUCUCAGGACGCUGCUCGAGGCGAUCGGCAAUUGCGCCUACGACUGUAUGCGCCCGCCAGCUCUCGCCUGUGACUCUGUAGAACAAUUGAGCGAAAUUGUCGAGUCUCUCUUGCUGGAUGUCCUGCAACCUAUCGACUUAGACCGCGAGAAGGCAGAGGACCUCUCGCCUUUCCUCUCUGCAAUAUACCGACUCGUUCGCGACAUCCAAGAGCGCCUUCUGUUCAGAGCCGACGCGUUCAUCGAGCGUCACAUCCGCAGCUACCCUGCAGCUCCUACAGAGCUGGUGGCUUUUAUCUUUUCCUCACUUGGCUUCCCGUCUCCGGCUAGGUCACUGCCUCUGCCAGACUCCUCUCUCUCUCCUGCCUCUUCAGUUUUCUUCCCCGUUCGAGCGGCGCUGCACCUCGCGACUCUUCUGCGACAGACGGUCUCCGCGGAGGCCUUUGGAUCUCUCUGUGGUGCCGCGUUGGAGGCUUCUUGUGCGGCACUCUCUCGCGCUUGUCUCUCUCUCGAACAUGCAGUUCACAACGGUUUCUCCCCGAAAUCGUGUCUCCCCCCCGCCACUCUCGAAGCUGUGCAGAACAGCGCGACUUUCUCUUCAUCUGCGUCUCCUUCUUCGUUGCCUUCCUCUGCUUCUCCUGAUACGUCUCCCCUCUCUUCUGCAGCGAGCGCAUCUGUGAACCUCCCCUUCCAUGUAUUUCUGCGUCAGCUGUGUGAGGCGCGUUGUGACGCGGCUGCUGGAGAGGCCGGGAGUCGCCUGCGGACGGCGAGGCCGCACCCGAGAGAGGAAGACCUUUCUCCGGACGGUGAGGUUUUCUCGGCGUUGUGGGCAGAGCUGAUUUGCACUUUGUUCUUGCUGAAGCACUUGACCGUCCUUCACAGUUUCCUCGACUCUUUCCGAGACGGCGACUUCUCUCCUGUGUGUCGGAAGAUCUGCUUUCCCCGGAUGUUGUUUGCCGGCUCGCGGCUUGCAUCUGCUGGCGCCUCCGGCUCGGCGGGCAACGAGGGUGGGUGCGAGGUGUCUCCGGAGACUCGCGAGAAGAAGAGCGAAGAGGAAGGAGGAAGAAAAACGCGCUUCGCUCUGCUCUCUUGGCUCUUCCGGCCGGAAGCGCAGGAGGAGACUCUGGACAUCAGAGAAGUACUCAGGGAAGAAACAAAGCGCCGGCUGGACGGCCUUCUCGCGACCCUCGUCGCCGCCUUCGCGCUUCCGGUGGAAAAACGCCUCGCGCAACUCCCCGUCGCGGGAAGGCUACAGCACGAGGACACAGCAAACGCGUCCUUCGUACACGAACAACAACUGAAAGAAACGCUCGAGGAGUUCCAGCGAAACCUCCAAGACCAGCUCCCCGCCGUUCUCCUCCUCGCCAUACUUUUCUUCGACAUGGGAGAACAAGAAGGUACACGAGAACAAGGAGAACAAGAAGGAGAACAAGAAGGAAAACAAGGAGAAGGAAAACGAGAACAAGGAGAAGGAGAACAGGAAGGAAAACGAGAACAAGAAGAAGGAGAACAAGAAGAAGGAGAACAAGAAGAAGGAGGGAGGAAGGUUCAUGGGGAGAUGGCGAGGAAUUGGCGACAGAGAGAGGAAGUCUUGGACAGUAUGGAAUUUCUCAUUCAGCCGCUGUUCUCGGGGAUUCUUUCCGCGUACAAGCAGCUCGGUUCUGCUGUGGAGACGCAUGUCUCCGCCGAAACAAGGAAGGCGAUUGGCUGGAGGAGCGCGGAAGACCUGCGCCAGUCGCUGCUUCUCCCGGCCUGUGCAGUUGCCUUCUCAGCCGCGCAACAAUUUCAGCUUUCUCUUUCUCCGUAUCCAAAGUAGAGUGUUUUCUCUUUCUGUCCAGAGAUGUCUCUCUUCUCUCUAGAGAUGCCUUCUGUUUUGAACGGAAACCACGCUCUUCGUUUUCGACUGGCUCACAGGUCUCUUCACUUGCUCUGUGCGACCGCGCGCCAACAAAAAACGCGGAGAUUUCCAAAAAACUCUCGUUCCUCAGUUCCCGACACACAGAAGAAAAACCUUCCAAGUGCUCCCAAUCGACACAUCCCUCGCGCUUUCAAUAUAUAUAUAUAUAUAUAUAUAUAUAUAUACAGAGCGAGGCCGG